AGCAUUUGCCAUGGCGCCUGCCAUCUUAAAAGCUGCUAUUUUCCUGCCUUGGUGUCUGGCGCUCCCAGUGCCGCCUUCCGCAGACCCUAAAGGACUGGACGUCGUUAAGGACUAUAUCCAUCAGUUUCUCCUGAACAAGGAAGAGUCUCCACUGCUUACCCAAGAGGAACAGUUACAGCUCCUGCAGCAGUUCCGCCAGGAAGAGACAGACCUACUGAGAAAGCAGAUGCCAGAGUUUCUGAAAGAGCCCCACUGUGGAGUGGCUGAUGGGGCUAAUGACUCCUAUUUUCACAGAAAUUCUAAAUGGAAAAAGCACACUCUGACCUACAGUAUUAUCAACUACCCAAAAGACAUGAAUCCAUCCACAGUGAAGGACAUCAUGCGUGAUGCAGUCACCAUCUGGAGUAACGUGACAUCCUUGACCUUCCAGCAAGUGAGGAAUGAAAACGCAGACAUCAAGAUUUCUUUCUGGGAAUUUGACCAUGGCGAUGGUUGGCCCUUUGAUGGGCCAGGUGGUAUCUUAGGCCAUGCCUUUUUACCAGAUUCUGGAAAUCCAGGAGUUGUCCACUUUGACAGGUCAGAACACUGGUCAACUUCACACAGAGGGUUUAAUCUAUUCCUGGUUGCCGUUCACGAAGUUGGUCACUCUGUGGGCCUGUGGCACUCCAGGAAUCUGGACUCCAUAAUGUACCCCAGAUAUAUAUAUCGGGACCCUAGAACCUUCCGCCUUGCUGUUGAUGAUAUCCAAAGAAUCCAGCAACUGUAUGGGUAAUGAUGUUAAUCUGAAUGCCCGAAUGCUGGAACAUUCCACUUGGCAUUUCAGCGGCUUCACUGGAGGAGCUCGAAAGCAUUGGAGCAGUCUUGGGGCUGCUUGAACCAAACCCUGAAGAAUGGAACCUUGCCAGGGCAACUGAGUCAAAGCUCAGAACACUUCCACAUCACAAUAAAGAUGG